UUAUGCUGAUUGUGUUUCCUUGCUCUUCCUUAUUAAAGCUCAUGCAGGAUAGCAGAACAUACCAUGGUCAGGUCAAGAAUAGCAAACAGUCGUUAUAGUUAUCUUAUAUGUUUGAGAAGUCUUGAUCUGACAAGAAGAGCUCCCCUGUGGAAUUCACCGAAUAACUGUUGUGGAAAUCUCACAGCUUUCUGCAACCCGAGGCAUCAACAUAAGCCACAACAAAGAAAAGACAAGUAUUAGUUGAACAGGGUUUUUGGUAUGGGGAAAAGCUAAGUCCAUCUUUUCUUGUUCCAUGGAAUUGGACGGGGUGUUUGGCAGUAAUGAAUAACUACGAGUCCCUACUCCCUAGUAAGAAGGCCCUUUUUGAUAUUCCUGUUGCUCGUACAGCCAGUGCAUACUUGACCUCUAUGGCGCUUGCAGUUGUUGCCUUUGCAUCAGAUGACAGCUUCAAUGGAGGUGAUAAUGCGUUGUUUGUAAGGCCUCAAUUUUUUGAAAAUAAUCCUUUGUUUUCUAUCAUCAAAUACGUAAUUGGACCUUGUGCUGAUGAUCUUGGAAACGUGUUGCCUUGUGCGGUGGAAGGAGUGGGUGUACCAGUUGAUCCCCUUGCUUUCUCUGGGAUUUUAGGUUGGUGUCCUGGUUGGCUAUUUAUAUUUUGCACAGAAAAUUACGGUGUAAAGAUUUUACGUUUAUGAAAAUUACGGUGUAAAGC